GCUCCGCGCGCGGCGCGGCCCAGUCGUCGCUCGGCGGCGGCGGCGGCGGCCGGAGCGGGCCCUGCCGUGCCCUGCCCAGCCCGGCCCGGCCUGGCCUGGCCGCGCUGCGGCGGCGCCUCCCCGCGCCCUUCCUGGCAGGACUGUCACCAUGACGGGAGCCACGCCACCAGCGGGGCCAGCUGGACCCCGGGCCGGGGCUCCGGGGACGCCCGAUCAGCCCUACGCUUGCCGGGAAUGUGGCAAGGCCUUCAGGUGGUCCUCCCGCCUGGCCCACCAUCAACGCAGCCACACAGGCGAGCGGCCCUACAAGUGCCCCGAGUGCCCCAAAGCCUUCAAGGGCUCCUCCGCCCUCCUCUACCACCAGCGGGGCCACACGGGCGAGCGGCCCUACGCCUGCCCCCAGUGUGGCAAGGCCUUCAAGCGGUCCUCCCUCCUCCAGACCCACCAGCGGGUCCACACGGGGCUGCGGGCCUUCGAGUGCGCCCAGUGCGGUCUCACCUUCAAGUGGGCGUCCCACUACCAGUACCACCUCCGGCAGCACACCGGCGAACGACCCUACCGCUGCCCGGCUUGUCCCAAAGCCUUCAAGAACUCUUCCAGCCUCCGCCGGCACCGGCACACCCACACCGGCGAGCGGCCCCACGCCUGCCCCAUCUGUGGCAAAGCCUUCGCCCAAGCCACUAACCUCCGGCAACACCAGCGGGUCCACACCGGCGAGCGGCCCUAUGCCUGCCCCCAGUGCGGCAAGACCUUCACCCACUCCUCCAACCUUCUCCUCCACCGCCGCACCCACGCCACUGCCCGGCCCCAUGAGUGCCCCACCUGCGCCAAGGCCUUCGUCUCCGACGCCUGCCUGCAGAAACACCUGCAGAGCCACGCCGCUAUGUCGCCGCUCCUCCCAGCCCCCGCCACCCCGCCGGAGACACUCUGGAGGUGCUCCACCUGCCCCAUGAGCUUCACCAGUGAGGAGGAGCUGCUGGGCCACCGAAGCAGCCACUCGGUGACAGACAUGACCCCGCCAGCUACUCCCCACCAUUGCUCCACCUGUGGCAAGACCUUCAAAAACAGCUCGGGGCUGGCCCGGCACCGGCAUGGCCACGCUGCCGAGCGGCCCUUCAAGUGCACCAUCUGCCCCAAGACCUUCACCCAGUUGGCUGGGCUGUUGGCCCACCAACGCAGCCACCCCACUGCUGUCCCACUGCGUCCCCUCCCCGAGGCUCCUCACCCCCCGGCAGUGUCCCAGCCCACCCCGGAGCGCCCUUACCAAUGCACUGAGUGCGGCAAAGCUUUCAAGGGCUCCUCGGGGCUGCGGUACCACAUGCGGGACCAUACAGGUGAGCGGCCGUACGCCUGCCGUGAGUGUGGCAAGGCCUUCAAGCGAUCUUCCCUCCUCCAGAUCCACCAGCGGGUUCACACGGGGCUGCGGGCCUUCGAGUGCGCCCAGUGCGGUCUCACCUUCAAGUGGGCGUCCCACUACCAGUACCACCUCCGGCAGCAUACCGGCGAACGACCCUACCGCUGCCCCGACUGCCCCAAAGCCUUCAAGAACACCUCCUGCCUCCGCCGCCAUCGCCAGCUCCACACCGGCGAGCGGCCCCACGCCUGCCCCAUCUGCGGCAAAGCCUUCGCCCAAACUUCCAACCUCCGGCAACACCAGCGGGUCCACACCGGCGAGCGGCCCUACGCCUGCCCCCAGUGCGGCAAGACCUUCACCCACUCCUCUAACCUCCAGCUCCACCGCCGCACGCACUCCGCUGCCCGGCCCUACCGCUGCCCACUCUGCCCCAAGGCCUUCGUCAUGGCCUCCUACCUCCAGCGUCACCUCCGCACCCACGCCCCUGGUCCUCGCGGAACCCCCCACCGUCCCCCUCCACCUCCCCCUGAACCCCAAACCUUCCUGCUGGUGCAGACCCCCCAGGGCCUGCAGCUCAUCCCCAGCCCCCCGGCACCCCCGCGGAAGGUCCUCCUGCUCCCCAGCACCCCAGCCGAGCCCCCCACCUUCACCCUUCUGCCUACUGAGGGUCCCCCGCCCCAGGUGGGGAAGGGCCCCCAGGUGUCGGGACCCCCUGCUGCUGGGCAGAGCAUCCUCUUGGUACCCGGCACAGGGCAGGCGCUGCCCAGUAUCCAGCUCCAGGCUGUGGCGGGGACCCCAGCGGGGGCCAAUGUCAUCGUCUUGAGGGGUGGCGUCAGUGGUGUCCUCCCCCCGCGGGGGCCGCAGCCGCCCGAGGUCAGCAGCGUCCAGCUGCAGGCAGCCGAGGUGACCAACAUCCAGCUGCAAGCCCUGCCACAACCCUUGGAGGUCACCAAUAUCCAACUCCAAGCCGCCGAGGUGACGAAUGUCCAGCUCCAAGCCACGGAGGUGACAAGUGUGCAGCUCCAAGCCCUGCCACAGCCCUUGGAUGUCACCAACAUCCAGCUCCAAGCUGCCGAGGUGACAAAUGUCCAGCUCCAAGCCCUGCCGCAACGCUCCAAGGUGACUAACGUUCAGCUCCAAGCUCUGCCACAGCCUCUGGACGUCACUAACAUCCAUCUCCAAGCUGCCGAGGUGACAAAUGUCCAGCUGCAAGCCUUGCCGCAGCCCUUGGAUGUCACCAACAUCCAGCUCCAAGCCAGUGAGGUGGCAAAUGUCCAGCUGCAAGCCCUGCCACAGCCCUCCAAGGUGGCCAACAUCCAGCUCCACGCCUUGCCACAACCCUCAGAUGUCACCAACAUCCAGCUCCAAGCUGUGCCACAACCUUCAGAUGUCACCAACAUCCAGCUGCAGGCCACCGAGGUGACAAAUGUCCAGCUGCAAGCCCUGCCACAACCUUUGGAUGUCGCCAACAUCCAGCUCCAAGCCCUGCCGCAACCCUCCAAGGUGACCAACAUCCAGCUCCAAACCCUACCACAACCCUUGGAUGUCACCAACAUCCAGCUGCAGGCCACCGAGGUGACAAAUGUUCAGCUCCAAGCCCUGCCACAGCCCUCGGACAUCACCAACAUCCAGCUCCAAGCCCUGCCGCAGCCCUCAGAGACACCCAGCAUCCAUCUCCAGGCCACGGAGGUGACAGAUGUCCAUCUCCAGGCCACAGAGGCGCCCAGCGUCCAUCUCCAGGCCUUGGAGGUGCCCGAUGUCCAUCUUCAGGCCACAGAGGUGCCCAGUGUCCAUCUCGAGGCCACGGAGGUACCUGACAUCCAGCUGCAGACCACAGAGGUGGCAAAUGUCCAUCUCCAGGCCACAGAGGUACCUAACAUCCAUCUCCAAGCCACAGAGGUGUCCAACAUCCGUCUCCAAACCACAGAGGUCCCCAGUGUGCAUCUCGAGGCCACGGAGGUACCUGACAUCCAGCUGCAGACCACAGAGGUGGCAAAUGUCCAUCUCCAGGCCACAGAGGUACCUAACAUCCAUCUCCAAGCCACAGAGGUGUCCAACAUCCGUCUCCAAACCACAGAGGUCCCCAGUGUGCAUCUCGAGGCCACGGAGGUGCCCAACAUCCAGCUCCAAGCCAUGGAGGUGCCCAACGUCCAGCUCCAGGCCACAGAGGUGCCCGACGUCCAGCUCCAGGCCACGGAGGUGCCCGACAUCCAGCUCCAGGCCACGGAGGUGUCUGACAUCCAGAUGCAGACCACAGAGGUGCCUAAUGUCCAUCUGGAAUCCACUGAGGUGCCCGAUGUCCAUCUCGAAACCACUGAGGUGCCCAACAUCCAUCUCCAAGCCACAGAGGUGACGAACGUUAACCUGCAUGCCACCGAGGUGACCAGCAUCCAUCACCAAACUGUGGAGGUGCCCACCGUCCAUCUCCAGGAUGCAGAGGUGACCACUGUCCAGCUGCAAGCCACUGAGGUGCCCAGUGUCCAUCCCCAAACCGUGGAGGUGGCAAAUGUCCAUCUUGAGGCCACAGAGGUGCCCAGUGUCCAUCUCCAGACCACUGAGGUGCCCAAUGUGUGUCACCAAACCACUGAGGUGCCCAGUGUCCAGCUACAAGUCACGGAGGUGCCCAGCAUCCAUCUCCAGACCACGGAGAUGGCCAAUGUCCAUCUCCAAGACACCAAAGUGUCCGGUGUCCAUCAUCAAAUGAUGGAGGUGCCCAACAUCCAUCUCAAGAUCACAGAGGCUCCCAACAUCCAACUGAAGACAAUGGAGGUGACAGAUGUGCAUCUCCAGGCCACUGAGGUGCCCAAUGCCUGUCACCAAAUGAUGGAGGUGCCCAGCGUGCAACUCAGGGCCACAGAGAUGCCUAACAUGCCUCUCAAGACCAUGGGCGUACCUAAUGUCCAACUCAAGACCACAGAGGAGGUCCCCAACAUUCAACUCAAGACCAUGGAGGUGCCCAGCGUCCAACUCAAGACUGUGGAGGAGGUACCCAACAUCCAGCUGAAGACUGUUGAGGUGCCCAACAUCCAACUGAAGGCCAUGGAGCUGCCCAGCGUCCAACUCAAGACGGUGGAGGUGCCCAACAUCCAACUGAAGACUGUUGAGGUGCCCAACAUCCAGCUCCAGACCAUGGAGGUGCCCAGUGUCCACCUCGAGCCCGCGGAGGUGACAAAUGUCCAUCUCCAGGCCGCAGAAGAACCCAAUAUCCAGCCUCAGCCCCCCGAGGUGCUGGUGGCGGGGGGGUGCCCAUCCCCCUCCGCAUCCCCACGGCUGGCGGUGGUGGGGGCUGCCGGAGGGCUGCCCCCCGUCCUGCUGCUGCGGGGGGCCGGGGGGGGACCUGCCCGCCUCUGCCUGCAGGCACUGGCCCAGCUGCCCCCCCCCGGCCCCCCCCGGAUCCUCCUGGUCCGGGGUGAGUCAGCACCGGGGGGCAGCGACGGGGGGCAGCCCCCCACCCCGGCCCUGGGGGCGGCUGGGGGUGGCAGCAGUGGAGGGGGGACGGGCCCCCCCACCCCAGAGCUGCCCAGUGUCCCCCUGGUUCACACCUUCUGAGGGGGGGCGGGGUGGACCUCCCCGGGACCCUCGCGAACACCGCUGUGCAGCCGGAGCUGGGGGGGCUCAUUGGGGUCCCACUUAUGCACAUCUUCUGGGGGGGGCGGUCCCCCAUGACCCUCGAGACAUCCAGGGCCCCCCACCACGGGCACCCAGGACCUCCCCCGCCCCGGCCCCCCCUGCGGAGCUGGAGCUGGAGUGGGGGUUCUUAGCCGUGGAGUCCCGGGGGGAGAGGGGGGUGGGUCGGCCCCCCCUGACGCCUGGAUCCGCCUGCGGGGGAAGGGGGGGGCUGGGUCCGCCGUGGGAUGGGUCAAUAAACGGUGUCCCCCCCC